AUCAAAACGCAAAUGCAAGCAGCGAAAAAAAAAUUAAAAAAAAAAAAGAAAAAGAAAAGCAAAGCAAGAAGAGAGUGUGUGUGUGUAUGCAUGGCUAAAGGCUGGAAACUUGAAAAACUGAAAAUCGAAAGAAAAGCCUGCCCUAAGUUAAAGCUCCUUUGGCGUUUCCUGCUAAUCCAAAACCAACCAAAAUCGCCAUUCCUCCCAUUUCAUAACACUCGCUUCUGGGAGGAGUUAUGCAAAGUCAAGAAAUCAAGAAACCGAAUCAAAAUCAUAGCGAUAAUCGCACUACUAUAAUAUAUAUAUUUUUUAUAAAUCGAGCAUAGAGCGCGACGGUGUGCGGCGACGACCUUUACUGACCUUCACUAGCAUUUGCUCUGCCCACAGCCCCUCCUCACCACCCCCCGAUUCCUCCCCACCCCUGGUUUGAGUAUAGGAAAGCAUUUAAAAAAACAAAAAUGAGUAAAACCAUUGCAUUGGGAAGUGCGAGGCACAUUUGUUUGUUUAUGAAAAGUUUGUGCACAAAACGCUGAUAACGUGAAGCUCACAUAACCUUCAAGGAGAGAGGGGGAGCUUAAAGUUAUGCUGGAACAGCGAGAGAGAGCGAGAGAGAGAGGGAGCUCCGUUUUGUUGUGAUUCGAUUACGUUGAUUUUGCGCCUUGUACCUGUCGCAAUCCGCUGACCCAGUAAUCCCACGUAGCGCCAUUAGCGUCAUUAUCUGAUCCGGCUGCUUAUCAGCCCGAUUUCCGCAUCUGCAGUUCAUUGAGAUUAGCGGCCAUUAAGGGAUGCACUUCGCCUUGGCAUUUUCACACGCCGAUCAUGUUUGAAGCACCCAAUUAUAUAUAUAAUUCACACUUUAUACGUAUAUAUACCCCAUAGAUGUGUCUUUCUAUUUUUAACUAUCGCCCAUAUAUAUUUGCGCUCGGAAUUAUGGCUGGCGACAGGCGCUAACAAGUUUUGUGUGUUCGAAAAUAAAAAUUUUGUUUUUCGAAAAAGUUUUCCACGCUCGAGAACAUUCUUUUGUGUCGCAUCUCGCCCACUAAAAGUUCUGGGUGAUCUCGACUUUUCGCCUUGGAAAAUCCAUUAAAUCUGCACGGAUUUAUGCCCGCAUUAAUCAUCACCCAAAAACGGCAGCUGCCUUCAAUAUUUCAGCCCGCAGGGAUUUCCAGCAUCUCGCGUUUCGGUCAACCCCUCGGUUGUCCACAUCCACAUCCAUGGUGAUUCAGUUUCUAAAACUGCUGCGUUGCCUGUACCGAUCCAAUGCAUCCAUUGGAUCUGCCUACCAGCAGACACAAUCUCAUUUCAUUUCACUUCGCAUCGGCUGGGCUAUUUUUAGUGGCCUGCUCUUUCGGAUACAGAAUCGGCAUCUACAAGAUACACACGCCGCCUGCUGAGGUUUCCCGCAGAACUUGUUCCGCGCCUUGCACUCGCCAAUUUGUGCGUUGGUGUCGCCGACAUUCCCCGAUUUCCCUUCUGCGAUCACUGCCUUUGGCAUAUCCCAUUAUGCAUUUCCUCCAUUACAGUGCAACAUGGGUAGCGAGAAAGUCUAUAUGUAACAAUGAUUUAAAUUUUGUACUCUGUAGAGACUUUUGCAUAUUUAAAGUUUUUAUACCGUAAUAUCUUUUUUUUUAAUUUGAAAUCAACUUUUAGAAUUUAUAAAUCAUUAAGGAGAUUUAUCACAAUUUUAUAAACUAAAAUUCCUUAAUAGUCAACACAUUUUAAUUCGUUACCCCAAAAACUAUGUCAAAAGAUAUAAGCAUUUUUAAACUCUCAACUUAAUAAGUCACGAACGUACACCUUGUCACGAAAACAUAUGUUUCAUCUCAAUCUGUCAUAUUUGACGUAGAAAAUAUGGUUUUCCAUUAACCAAGUUCGACUGUACUUGACAUCUUAUGCGCCGGCUGCAAGCAUUCGCGAUGCUUUAAUGGGGACCCUGACAAACGGGUUUUCGGGAGGGGCUCUGGAUGUCUUGCUCAAGGUCUCGGCUCCCUCAUUCAUCUAAUUGGUGACCCCAUUCAUGUCGUUGUCUGGCGUUAAUCUGAUCUGGGCCCCUUCACGCUCCAAUGGGUAUUCGCUCAGUCACUUGACCCAGACCCAAAAGCCCAACCCACGAGCGCCGACCUUUUUGCCUUUUCGCUUUGACAGGGCGUUUUAUCAGCUUUAUUGUGCUCCGGAUAUACGCAAUUGAUAAACGUGGGGUUGAAAAGACAGGGCGCAAACUCUGCUCAAAGAGAGAGAAUCCCCAAGUGAAAGAGAGAGAAUCCCCAAGUGAAAGAGAGAAGGAGAGAGCUUUCCUUCACAAAGAGUAUUAUGCUGUUCUCUCUUUUUACACUGUAAAAAAUAAAUUAUAGGAAUUUCCCCACAAUUAGCUGUCACAUAAAUUGGCAAUUUACUUAUUUUAAGAAUACGCGCUAAGCAUAUGUUUAAGGAAACUGUCGCGACGCAUUCUAUUUCACAAUUUCAACAGUUGUUGAAUGUUUUAUUUUUAGACCGAGUGUUGUUUAUUUUAUUUUGUUUAAGUCGCCAAAUUUAUGACGUCUGCUGAGAAAUUCUUUUUGAUCGUUCUCCCCCAUAAGUUUUAUUGUUUUUGUGAAAAUUUUUGUCAUUUUUUUGCACACAUCCGGUAAGUCCGAAGUUAUUAAGAUCCAUUCUAGUUUUGCCGAAAGUAAAUGAUUUCAUUUUUAUUUUAGGCUCAACGAUUCAUUUCACAAGAGCACACACACAUACGCAAAUAGAAAAGAAAGCAUCUGUGUAUCUUUCACCCGCACACACACACACACAACCACGAACACCAAAUACAGACACACUCACGCACACACGCACAUUAAAGAACCCGGCGGAGGAUAAUGAUCAUCCUGAACUCAAUCCAAACCAAGAUCAGGCUAGCGAAUGCAUUUGAAUGCCGCUGAUUAGCUCGCUGUGCAGCAGUUAUCCAUCAGUAUGUGCAUCCGUAUCCGAAUCCGAAUCCGCAUCCGUAUCUGUGUCCACAUUCGUAUCUGAAUGCGAGAAGAGUUCGCUUGGGUGACGCUGACGACAAAUGACACGUACUCACUGGGUGCCUUGGUUCUGGCCCACUCCUUGAAGCGGGCCAAGACCGCCCACCAGCUGGCCGUUCUGGUCACGCCCAAUGUCUCGCAGUCGAUGCGCGACCGACUGAAGGAGGUCUACAACGUGGUGCAGGAGGUGAACGUACUCGACUCACAGGACGCCGCCAACCUGGCCCUCCUCUCCCGCCCCGAACUGGGCGUGACCUUCACAAAGCUCCACUGCUGGCGCCUCGUGCAGUUCGAGAAGUGCGUCUUCCUGGAUGCGGAUACACUGGUCUUGCAAAACUGCGACGAGCUGUUCGAGCGCGAGGAACUCUCCGCCGCUCCGGAUGUGAGCUGGCCGGACUGCUUCAACUCCGGCGUGUUCGUGUUUAAGCCCAGCGUGGACACCUUCGCCCAGAUCACAGAGUUCGCCGUGAAGAACGGCAGCUUCGAUGGCGGCGACCAGGGCCUGCUGAACCAGUUCUUCGCCGACUGGUCGACGGCGGACAUCAAGAAGCAUUUGCCAUUCGUUUACAAUGUGACGGCCUAUGCCUCCUACUGCUAUCUGCCCGCCUUCAAACAGUUCAGAGAUAAGAUAAAGAUUUUGCAUUUCGCCGGCAAGCUGAAGCCCUGGCUGAUCCAAUUCAAUUCUGAGACAAAGGUGGCCAGCGUUUCAUCCGACUAUGCCCAUGCCCAGGAUCUGAUUCAGCUGUGGUGGAACAUCUUCGUGGAAAACGUCAUCCAGUCCCUGUCCACCGAAAUGCCAGGACAAGUUGAUAGCGAUCGACCCGAGGGAGCGAUAGCCCAAGGGUUAAGUUCAGAGUGCUUUUGCCUAAAUAUAACGCACGUGCAAAGAGAUUUUGCGGCGGAUGAGCAGCAUCAGCGGCAGCAGCAUGAGUUCUACCAGCAGCAGCAGCUGCACCACCAACUGUUGCACGUGCGCCAGUUCCGCGAUCCUUGGGCAGAUUACUAUGAGAAUCUGGAGAAGGAGCAGGAGCAGGAGCAUCGGAGCCAGCACCACAAUCCCAGCCAGAAUCACAGCCAGGACAAUGGGAAUGCGGAUGCGAAUGCGAAUGCGAAUCUGAAUCCAAAUGAAUAUGCCACUGAGUGGCAUCAUGACGAUGCAUGCCACCCACGUUCGUCGUCGCCGAAUCCUUCAUCCCAAUCUUACAAUGCCAAUGCCACCACUGCCAAUGCCGAAGACUUUCCAUCCGUUGAUGUGAAUAGCUAUGAGCUAGACAUUUCACACCCACCUGAACACGCCCACUCAGGCAAUGCCACGCCCACUGCCACGCCCACGCCCACGCCCUCGCCCACGCCCACGCCUACGCCUCAUCAUUCCGUGUAUAGUCAGACAGUAGAAAAUGCCAAAAGCCACCAACAAGAACACCAAGAACAAGUUGCAGCCACAGCGCCGCCUGAGGCGGGACUCGCUGGUGCUCUUUCACAGCUCCGAAUCGGCGAGCAGCGCACUCCCGAGCAGGAGGCCUACGAGAACCAGAUGCGCCGCCAGUGCUGGGAGUCCGGACAGAUCGAUUACACCGGCGCCGAUUCCUUCGAGAACAUCUGGAAGAAGAUUUCGCAGACGCUGGACAAGAAGACCGAUAAGGAGACCGAAGAAACUGAUAAUGAUAACGAUAGUGAACCUCCUCCCACUGCUAACCCAUUAAGCACCGCUCAAUUGCUCAAUGAAACCGCUAGCAAGCUGCUGCAUCCGCAGUCCGAGGAUAAAUCCGCACCUUCGGAGGCGAUAAAUGCAAAGCCAACUGUUGCGAAUGAGAAUGGACAGUUGCAGCAAGCUGACCAGCCACGUCCUCCGCCUCGGCAAAAAACCGCAACUAACAAACGUCCGGCAAACGCUUCAGCUCCUGCUCCCUCCCAGCUAAAGCCAAAUCCACAGAUGCGACAGGAGAGGCCUCCGCAGCCCAAACCGGAACUGGAACAACCACAGCAACAACCACAACCUCAGCCACAACCAUCACAGCCGCAGCACAUCAGGUUGCCGGCAGGAAGCGGAAGUGGCGGCGUCUCGAAGAACGGCAAACAGAGGUCCGCCCGCAAGUUCAAAUAGCAAUUACUGCAGCUGCUGAUGCACUACAGCUGCCUGCCACACCUGGCAUUCGGUUGCAAGUCGCAUUACCGGCAGCUGGCAACCAAUCUGGACCAUGAACCCCCUGAACCCGUGCACGUCUAAACCCAGAAAAUCACACACUUAAUGAGAGUACAAAGCGAGUAUGCAACGAUGAGAGCUGUACAAAAUGCUUGCCAAGCGGCUCUUAGACGAACGUUUUUUAGGUUUUACAAGUUAAAUAGUGAAGAAAGGUAUCAAAAUCACAAGUAACUAAAUUCUAUAUAAAUAUUUGUAUGCGACUUUUCGCUUUAUACAACUACUCAAAAGGAAAUCAACGAAUUAAAGUAAAGAAUUUCAAUUAAUAUUCGUAAUAUGAAUUUAAAUCAUAUUUUAAGGGAAAACAUUGGUUUCCGUAAACUUAAUAAAUCGCUUUGUGUCUUCAAAUAUUGGUGUAUAAAUUAGGUAAUCGAAAUGCAAUGAACAAUAAUUAUUAAACAUUAAAUAUCAUGCUUACAUUGAAGCUAGAUUAAAAAGGGAAGUAGGAACACAAGAUCGUCUAAGAGUCACUUGAUUGAAACCAAAUGCCAGGCUGCCUUACGAAGGAAACCCAUGCAAUAUCGUAGUUCUAGCCUAGGAUAAGACGAAAGCUAAUACUAGAGUUAAGCCGCAAGUGCUUUGGAAUAACCCCAGAUGCGAACACACACACUCGAUAGCUUGGGAUAUCGCUCCAUAUAUAUACAACCUAUAUACGUAUACUAUACACACAUCCACACA